AUGUUCAAACAGAUAAAAAAAGAAGAAAAUUUGAAUUGCUUCGGGGAACUGAAUCUGCUACAAAACAGCACGAAGGUUCGCCAUCACGCCAUUCACGAUGCAAUAUCACGACCGCCUCUUUCUCCGACCAGAUUGCAGGACCACACGGUCUUCUUCCACCAUGCAGUCGUCGACGAUCAACAACAGCACACACACGCAGGAUCCGAAUCCGCACAAACUCCCUUCUCCGACCGCCAAGCCCAACUUGCAAACAACCCUGACAGCGCCAAACCUCCACGCAGCCGCAACACUCUCAUCGCGCCGACCAACCACCGUCCGGAUCCAAAUUUAUUGAAGCCAUAG